AUGACAGUGCGCUACAGGUUUUUACUGGUUGGGGUGCACGAUCCAAAUAGUUCAGAGACCACGGCUCCAGACCAAGCCGAGGAGGCUUUGGAGGCACCCACCAGCAUGGACGGAGCCUUUGUGGGGACGUGGAGACCUCACCGCCCACGCGGCCCAAUCAUGGCCCAGUUCACCAGCCCUGGGCCCAAGUACUCCAUCCCAGGGGCAACAGGUUUCGUGGGCCACAGUCCCACCAAAAGCCGAGCCCCUGCUUACACCUGCAGAGGGACCAAACCGCCCAUGACAGGCAGCUGCGGUCCUGGUCCCCAGUACCUUGUGGAGCCUGCCAUCACCAGGACUGGGAAGUAUGUGCCUCCAGGCACCCACAUCCGGGGACUUCCCAAAAUAAACACCACGGUGACACCCGGACCAAGCGAUUACUUCAUGGAGACGUCCAACAAGCACGUCUUUAAGUGCCCGCCUGUGCAGUCCAUGGCCUUCCGGCAUGAGGCUGUCAAAAGAGACCACCCUCCAGGCCCUGGCACCUACACCUUACCCAGGCUGAUGGGACCCAACACAGCCUACACAACUGCCAGCCCGUGCUACUCCAUGAAAUGGAAGAGCAAGCACGAUCGCUUCGAUGCGGACCUCUCUAAGACUCCAGGUCCCGCCGCAUUCCCAAAGAUUGAGGUGGAUGCCUACAAAAGAAGGGCACCCGUCUACACCAUGGGAGCCCAAACCAAACUUGGAGGGGACAGAACGGUAAAGCCUGGGCCCGCGGACUACUGCACAGGAAAGGUGACGCUGAUCAAGCCCCGGGCACCUGAAACCACUUUUGGAAUCCGGCACUCCAUCUACACAACUCCGCUCAUAGUGGAAUAA